UUCUCUUCACUUAAUCAAACUUUAAGUCUUACAAACCCAUAGUCGACUGAGCUGUGAUUUAACCAUACAAAGAUUAUGGCUCAAACUCAGCCUCACUUCCUCUUGAUAACCUAUCCAGCCCAAGGACACAUCAACCCGGCUCUCCAGUUCGCUAAACAACUCACCCGGUUAGAUGUCAAACUCACCUUCGCCACCACCGUCAAUGCCUACCGUCGCAUGGGCAAAGCUAGCAAGGUUCCCGAGAACAUCAACUUUGUGGUUUAUUCAGACGGCUAUGAUGAUGGUUUCAAGCCCGGUUCUGAUGAUGCCAACCUCUUCUUGGCUCAGUUUAGGAGUGAAGGAGCCCGGUGCUUGAAAGAAACCAUACUUUCUUGUGCUGAAAAUGGCACCCCGGUCAAUUGUUUGGUGUACACCUUCCUCCUCCCUUGGGCUGCAGAGGUGGCGACUGAUUGUAACGUGCCAUCAGCCCUUCUUUGGAUCCAACCAGCAUCGGUGUUUCGGGUGUAUUAUUAUUAUUAUUCCAAAGGGUAUGAAAAACUCAUUGGAGAAGAUUGCAAUAAGCCAUCAUGGUCCGUUGAAAUACCAGGGUUACCAUUGCUAAAAAGUUGUGACCUCCCAUCAUUUUGUCUCCCUUCAAACACUUACGAUAACAUAGUAUCUUUAUUUAAGGAACUCCUACAUAGGCUGAAUUUGAUAGGAAACCCUAAAAUACUAGUGAAUACUUUUGAUGCAUUGGAAGAAGAAGCCAUCAAAGAGAUUGAUGGCAAGAUAAAUAUGGUCGGUGUAGGGCCGUUGAUUCCGUCCGCUUUCUUGGAUGGAAUGGAUCCUUUGGACCGAUCUUUUGGUGGAGAUUUGUUUGAACCAUCACAUUCACAUAACUAUUUGGAAUGGAUGAACACAAAACCAGAAGGGUCUAUUGUUUACAUAUCUUUUGGUACCCUCGUAGUGUGGUCAAAGAAACAAAAGGAGGCAAUGGCUCAUGGUUUGUUGGAGAGCAAAAAGCCAUUUCUAUGGGUGAUCAAGGAUAAAGAAGGAGAAGAUGCAGAAGAGGAAAUAAGUUGCAUGAAAGAAUUGAAACAGUUAGGGUUAAUGGUUCCUUGGUGCAGUCAACUAGAGGUGCUUUCACACCCUUCUUUAGGUUGUUUUGUGACACAUUGUGGGUGGAAUUCGACACUCGAGAGUAUGGCUUGUGGGGUUCCGGUGGUGGCAGUUCCGAACUGGUCUGAUCAGUCGACGAAUGCGAAGCUUCUUGAAGACGUAUGGGGGACAGGAGUCAGGGUGAUUAGAGAUGAAGAUGGAGUUGUUGAAGGAGAAGAGAUUAGAAGGUGCAUUGAAAUGGUUCUGGGAGGACAUGAAAGAGGAGAAACAAUGAGAAUGAAUGCUAAGAAGUGGAAGGAAUUUGCAAGAGCGGCUAUGAAAGAAGGUGGAUCUUCUUAUAUGAAUCUCAAGGCUUUUGUUGAAGAAGUUGGAAGUUAUACUCAAGCAGGGGCGGAUGUAGCAUGAAUUACCGGAUUUUCAGGAUCCACUCCGUUUGAAAAUUUUAAUGAAAACCUAAAUAGAAUUUUAAGUAAAAAUCUAUAUAGAAACCCACUGAAAAAAAUUAUUGGAUCCGUCGCUGUAUCAAAACACUGUGAAAAGUGGUGAUUCCUACUAUAGAAUCCGAAUCAUAAUUAAUUUGGUUAUGCUAUUUGAUUGUUUUAA